AACAGCAAAAAGGAAAAAAAGGAGCAAAGGAACUACAAACCAAGCCUGGAUGGAAAGGAGUGUGUGUGUGUGUAUGUGUGUGCUAAGGAAACUAGCUCAGAGUAGUGUGUGAAACACAUGUACAUACACAGCGAGUGACAAUGCAUUAGUGUGUGUGUGUGUGUGUGUGUGUGAUAGCCGCGACUGCUGCUGUAAAGAAAAGUGUGUGGAAAAGUGCGUGCGAUGCAUUUGCUCAGGCUGCUGCUCUCAACGACAACCCGCUGCUGGCCAUGCAACUGCAACUAGGACUAAGACAAAGACUAAGACUAAGCAGGCAACUAGCCAAAUAGUUAAACGUGCCACAAUAGGCUACAUUAGAAGCGGGUCUUGCACCUGCUCGAAGAUAGCGCACUGAUUGACGCAGAGACGCCAGCCACAGCCGCCGCACUGGCGUCGUUUUGUGAGCGCGGCUUGAUGCCCGACUCGAUGAUGGAUAUGGAGCAUCGGGAUCAUCAGCUGCAUCGGCAUCAUCAGCCGCCGCAGCGUGUGAUGGCGGCAACAAGCACAAGCACCUUUGCAACGCCAGCGCCAGCGCCAACCGCUGCGGCAGAAGGAACAGCAACAAUCAGCGAACAGCGGGAACGGGACCAUCAACUGCCCAUAACGGGAACGCCAAGCAUGCAACACCAUCAGCUGCCGCAGCAGCAGCCCAUUUUGCCGCCGCCGCAGUCGACGCGACCGCAAUUAAACACACGCGAGCAUCACCAACAACAGCAACAACAACAGCAGCAACAACUUAACCAGCAGCAGCAACAACAACUGCAGCAGCAACAGCAGCUGGCAUUGCCGCACAGUCAUCAUGCUCUGAUGCAGCAGUCGCAUCAGCAGCAGGCCAUACAUCGAGCUGAGCAGCGACGAGAUACACAAGCAAAACAUUCACAUGGAUUUCUCUAUUCGGACGAGGAUAUCAGCGACAAGGCCUCGACAUGCGGCAAAUUGCUCAUUUUUCUAUCCGUGGCACUUGUGAUAAUGACGCUGCCCUUCAGUCUAUUUGUCUGCUUCAAGGUGGUGCAGGAGUACGAGCGCGCGGUUAUCUUUCGCCUCGGCCGCCUUAUGCAGGGCGGCGCCAAGGGUCCAGGCAUUUUCUUCAUACUGCCCUGCAUUGACUCGUAUGCACGCGUGGAUUUGCGUACUCGCACCUACGAUGUGCCACCGCAGGAGGUUCUGACAAAGGAUAGCGUUACGGUUUCGGUGGAUGCAGUGGUUUACUAUCGCGUAUCAAAUGCAACCGUCUCUAUAGCGAACGUGGAGAAUGCUCACCAUUCGACCAGACUACUGGCACAGACUACUCUACGAAACACAAUGGGAACUCGGCAUUUGCAUGAGAUACUCAGCGAGCGUAUGACGAUUUCCGGCACCAUGCAGGUUCAGCUCGACGAAGCCACCGAUGCUUGGGGCAUCAAAGUUGAACGUGUUGAAAUCAAGGAUGUGCGUCUGCCCGUGCAACUGCAGCGCGCAAUGGCCGCCGAGGCGGAGGCAGCGCGUGAGGCGCGCGCCAAGGUGAUUGCCGCCGAAGGUGAGCAGAAGGCAUCACGAGCGCUGCGCGAGGCAUCCGAGGUGAUUGGCGAUUCGCCGGCAGCGCUGCAGCUGCGCUAUCUGCAGACACUCAACACCAUAUCCGCGGAGAAGAACUCGACGAUUGUGUUCCCGCUGCCCAUCGACUUGAUAACGUAUUUCCUGAAAACAUCGGAGGCGUCCUCUCAACAGAAUGCGGCUGCAGCCGUCGCAGCGCAGCAGCAGGUGCAGCUGCAGCAACAACAACAGCUGCUGCAACAGCAGCAGCAACUGCAUCAGCAGCAGCAGCAAUACUCGCCGUCGCCCCAGAUGCUGCAGGAACCGGCGCUGCAGCUGCAAAUGCAGCCACAGCCACAGCAGCCGCAGCAGCAGCAGCAGCAACAAUACCAGCAGACGCAGCAGAUCUCGUCGGCAAUGUAAAUGCAAAGGAAAACCAACCCCAAAGGAAAAGUUUCGGCAUUGCCGAAUCAUGAAUGAGGUGCACAAGUUAAAAGAAAGAAGGAAGCGCCACUGCCAUGUUAAUUAACAUAGCCUUAACAGUAUGUUCAGCAGUUAACAUUCUUAGCUGUGCAGCGCAUUCCACACCCAUAUGAAACACACACACGCACACAUCUACACUCAACACAUACAACGAUUCCGAAUAGAAUCAAAAACUUAGUUGUAGGUACCAUUAAGUGCGAUUUCAAAUGCAUUGAUUCCACAAUAUGGAAAAGUCAGGAGUACUAUUUAUCAAAUAUAAUGCAGACCAUUAUUUUCACAUAAUGGAAAAGUCAGGAGUACUAUUUAUUAAAUAUAAAAUUUAGACCAAUUAGGGUCUUAGGCAAGCAAACCCGUAACGACUAGUGAAAAUUCUAAAACCAACCAGUUUUGAGAAUAUUAAAAUGAAUUACACCAAUUAGCAUAAAAGACAGUGUUGAAAAUUGCUAAACUUGUCAUUUUCAUGCCAAAAGCUAGCUAAAAAUUGAAUCCCCAUUUUUAGCUGGAAAAUGGCUGAAUGGACAUAUUGGAUAAUACAUUUUGCGAUACUCAAAAAUGGUUGGUUUGGUUUUGAAUUUUCGUCAAAUCUAGUUGUGAAAUGUUAAGUAGAAGAAGAUGCAACAAAAAAAAAACGCUGUCGAAAUGUGUUUUUGUAAAUGUUUAGCCUAUAAGAUGUUAAUACGUGGUUAUCCAUAGCAAAAACAAUACAUAUAGUCCAGACAAACGAUAGGUAAAUUUCUUAUAUAUAUAUAUAAUAUAUAUGCGUGUAUAUAUAUGACAUACAUACACGUACACAGACAUACUCGUAAUGCAUUUACAAUUUGAUCUAUAGCUGUAUGUACCGAUUGUGAUAGAACAAUUUGUACAGCUCGUUAGCUGUGGCGCAUAAACCGAAUCUAGUUGAAAUGUUUCAGAAAAUAAAAAACAAAAAGAACUUUAAGAUUGUACAUCUAUAUGGCCAUAUAGAAAGGAAUACUACAUAUACACUACAUAUAAUCAAGUACUGGAUAUAUAUAAUAAAAUAUAUAUGUGUGGUAAAAGGAAUACAAAUACAAUAGAACUACCGACCUAUAUAGUAUAUAUAUAUAUAUAUAUACAGAGUUCAUCGGACGACAGCCAGUUGAACGAAUUCGCUUUCAACAGCUGCCUUAUAAGUACUAUAUGUAUAUGAAUAAUACCUACCAAUAAACUUACAAAAACCCAAAAACAACAUAAUCGACGACUUUCUCAAACACAUAUACAAUAAAUAAAUGUAAUACGAAUUUAUUGUACAUACAAUAACCAAAAAAAAAAAAACGAUAUCGAUAGACAGAACUGUUUUACCCCAUACUUAAUAGAACUUUAUAGUAUAUAUAUAUAUAUAUAUAUAUACGGAUUGAAUAUAUAGUACGGAAAUUCUGCUCAUGUGUUGCAUCUCAUUGCUGCAAUCGCCAGUUACGUAUCCAAUUAUUGUAGGGUUUAUCAAAAUCGAAAUUCGAACUCAAAUUCAAUGUCAAAAUAUCAAAUUCAAAUUUGCAAUUGCUUAGAUAAAUUUGCCUGUAGUGUUCAUUCCAAGUCAGAUCUCACAAGAGUAUACUUUUUAGCGCACUUCAUUAAAAUUAUCAAUAAAUUCUAUAUGCAUACAUUUAAACAAAUAUGAAAAAUUCAAUAAUCAAUUACAUGCAACAUACAAACAUACAUACGAGUAUUAAUUAUGUACAUUUUUGCCUUUGAAACAAUUUUUAAACGAAACGAUUUCAUUAUUACUUAUAUAUACAUACUUAU